AUGAUUACCAGUCCCCCAUUGUUGCUGCCGUGGUGGUGUUUUAAAACCCAGCCAUGGUCUAAGGGAUAUGAGGUUCAUGCACUGAAACAGUCUACCAACAGCGUCAGCGAUGGCUCGCUUACUUUCUACGCUUGGAUGAACUGA